AUUUGUGUGUUAAAUCGAUAAAUGCUAUUAUUUUAAAAUGAAACAUUCAUGCUGCUUGUGACCGUGCAGUUCUGUCGAUUUAAUCAUAUAAUCCAUGCUUCGAGCAGAGGGGUACAAAUAAAAAAUCAACAUCCGUCAGGAUCCAACAGCAAUUGCAUGAGUUGCCCGAAUCGUGUUUCCUUUGCACCCAGUAGGCAUUCGUGCAAUUGUUUGACAAAGGCAGUGCAAUAGAAACCGGAUAAAAUGACCAAAAAUUGCAACAAGUCUACACCACCGCAUUCUAAGGAUCGUCAAUUUAUUAGCCAAACCAAUUGUGUCAAUGAACAUAACCAGCCUGCUUCGUCUCAAGCUGCCCCUGUCGCUGCUGUAGCUUCACUACCCAAGCAAACUUUGUACAUCUCAAUAGCUUUCCUCGCUUUGCUUAGCAGAUUGUUUGUGAUAUUAGUGCAGGUCUUUGCAAACUAUUUAAUUCCGGAUCACAAUGCUGGAGUAUUUAUUGCACCCCGAGACCCGGAAGAAUCACCGGCAAAAUAUGAUAAGCUUGUGGAUGUGCUGUUCGGAGGGUUGCAUCGUUGGGAUGCACAGUACUUUUUGCACAUUUCCGAACAUGGCUACACUUACGAAAAUACGUUGGCAUUCUUCCCGUUGUUUCCGUUCGUUAUCAAAAUGUUAACGAUGGCGUUGGGAGGAACCUCAACAGCACUUACAUAUCGCGAACUUUCGCUAGCGCUAGCGGUGUGCCUCAAUGUAGUUCUAUUUAUGCUCGCUGCAAAAGCUCUCUACAAACUAAGCAAUAUGGUGUUGGGUAGUAAGAAGAAAAGUGAGCUAGCAGUGAUAUUGUUCUGCUUCAAUCCUGCAUCGAUAUUCUUCACUGCGCCUUACACGGAAAGUCUUUACUCCUGGUUGUCGUUUACGGUAAUGGCGCAAUGUAUUGAUGAUAUAAACUCAGUACUUAUUACGGUGCCGUUGAGCUUGAGCCUGCUGUGCAGGUCGAAUGGUAUGUUAAACAUUGGUUUUCUACUGUACUUCAGCAUGCGCCGCAUCAUGUCUCAAAAGUCUUUUCACGAUAUAAUAUGUAUAGUAUCUAAGCUAUUUUCAAUUAUUAUGAUCAUUAUCUUCCACUACGGUAUCGCUCAAGUCUACAAUUAUUACCUGUUUUGCUUCGAGCAAAAAUUUACCUUCCCAGCGUAUGUUAAGGACUAUGCUGUAACUAACAACAUGGUUCUGGCUGGGAACAAAACAAACGAAUCAUCGCCUUGGUGCUCUAACUAUUUGCCUUUAUCUUACUCGUACGUACAAAGCCACUAUUGGAAUGUAGGAUUUAUGAACUAUUACGAACUGAAGCAGUUACCAAAUUUUAUUCUUGCCUUACCCGUGAUUUAUCUGAUAAUCAGUAACUCUUACAAAUACGUCCACGAACACUGGGACUUUUGCGUCCGGCUGGGUUUAUUUCAAGUGAACAAGAAACUGUUAAAGAACAUGAAAACCUACGACCGGUUGGCGUUCGUCUUCAUAGUCCACGGAAUGUUUCUAACACUGUUCAGUGCUCUAUUCGUUCACAUUCAAGUCACAACGCGGAUGGUCGCAUCGUCGAGUCCAUUGCUUUACUGGUUCGCUGCCGAUUAUUUCACUGGCGAUAAGGCAUUCAUUCGGCGCCAGGUCAUCCAAAAACUGUCGAAACAGGUUCAAUAUGGCACCGAACCGUGUACUCAUAUUGAGAAUUAUGUUGAGCUUAGUGAAAUGCUCGAAUUUAGAGCAAUGAAUUGGAAGCAAAUAUUGAUUUUGGGCUAUUUCGCAGGCUACGCCCUUGUUGGAACGGUUCUUUUUAGUAAUUUUCUUCCGUGGACUUGACUAUAAACCUUUUUCUUAGGCUGAAAGCUCUUGCUUGACUUAUUUUACGAAUAAUAGAUUGAUCGUAUACAGGACAGAAAUAAUUCAAAACAAAUAUAGUUGAUGAAGAUUUUAACUUCACUGUUCACAAUCAAAGUAAAACAAAUCUACUUGCGAAACAACAAAACUAAAAUAGUGGACAUUCUCUUUUGACGGUUGUAUCUGCGACAUUGUUAAUUACAAUAUUUCAUUAAUCAAGAAGUAGUUUGAAACUAUUCGAGCAAAGUUAGUGAUAGGAUUAGUUAUUACCUUAGAGGAUAUUCUCAAUAUAAGCAAUGAUUGCGUUUAACGUUGUAUUUGAUUACAACGUUUUAAAACCAGAUACAAGUUCUCUUAUUCGAUUAGAUGUCGUGCAAUAAAAUCUUACUUCAAUAUU